CCGGACAUGCCCGGCGGCCGCUCUGCGGGGCGCCCGGACUCCUCCCGCCGCCUCACCUGCGCGCCCGGCCGGGUCUGAGCCGGGGCGAACCGCGGCGCAGCCAUGUCGCUGCCCAGAGAUCCCAAAGGAUCCUUGGAAAAGCGCAAAGUUGGAACGAAGAAGAAAAGGCCACCCAUUUUAAGAAUGCCAUCGGUCAACAAACAGUCAUCCGUCCCUCCAACACCUCCAAGGAACUUGGAUUCCAGGACUUUUAUUACCAUUGGAGAAAAGAAUUUUGAAGUUGAGGCUGACGACUUGGUGAGCAUCUCAGAACUGGGGAGAGGUGCUUACGGCGUGGUGGAGAAAGUGCAUCAUGCGAAGAGUGACACAAUCAUGGCUGUGAAGAGGAUCCGAGCCACUGUGAAUACUCAGGAGCAGAAGAGACUAGUGAUGGAUCUAGAUGUCUCCAUGAGGACAGUUGACUGCUUUUACACGGUCACUUUUUAUGGAGCCCUUUUCAGAGAGGGCGAUGUAUGGAUCUGCAUGGAGUUGAUGGACACGUCUCUGGAUAAAUUUUAUAAGAAGGUUCUGGAGAAGAAGAAGACCAUCCCUGAAGAUAUACUGGGAAAAAUAGCCGUGUCUAUUGUGCGGGCAUUGGAGCAUCUCCACAGCAAGCUGUCGGUGAUUCACAGAGAUGUGAAGCCAUCCAAUGUCCUGAUCAACAAACAGGGGCAUGUGAAAAUGUGUGAUUUUGGAAUCAGUGGUUAUUUGGUGGAUUCAGUGGCUAAAACCCUGGAUGCCGGCUGCAAACCUUACAUGGCUCCAGAAAGAAUAAACCCGGAGCUAAACCAGAAGGGGUACAAUGUGAAAUCAGACGUGUGGAGUCUUGGGAUCACUUUGAUCGAGAUGGCCAUUCUCCGUUUCCCCUACGACUCUUGGGGGACCCCCUUCCAGCAGCUUAAGCAGGUAGUGGAAGAACCGUCCCCUCAGCUCCCGGCCGACCGUUUCUCCAAAGACUUUGUCGACUUCACCGCCCAGUGUCUGAGGAAGAACCCUGCUGAACGAAUGAGCUACUUAGAGCUGAUGGCUCACCCCUUCUUCACUCUUCACGACACCAAAGAGACUGAGAUGGCUUCCUUCGUCACAGAAAUCCUCGGGGAAGACUCUUAAACUCCCCAGACCUCGCCAUCACGCCGAAUCAACUGGAGUGGCAUCGUCCUGGUUUCUCCCAGCGGGAAGAACCGAGGCAGUCGGAAACUUCUUAGCAUUAACGGCGGUUUGCACGAAAUAGAACAGAUGUCUUUGUCCGCAGCCUCCCUUGGCCCAGUCCAGCCUCUCACGAUACUUCUUCUCCAUGUCUUCGAGAGAGAGGCCACGGUGGCGGUGUGGCCUCACCCUGCCUGAAGAAAUCUAGCUUCAGAACGCCGUCUUGGGCGGCCUGGCUGAGGCCUGCCCUUGAAAUUCUCCACUGCCCUUUCAGCUGCUGCCGAGGUGAAUUUUAGCGUGUUCCCUGCAAUGGACCCACCCCAGAAAUGCAGCUGUGGACAUUCAGGAAUUUUCUAGACUGCAUGCAAAACUGCAACACCCGCCCCCCGCCCUUUUAAAGAUGCCGCUGCUAAGAAGAGGCUUGUGUUGGUUUGUGUGCCUUGCAAUGUCCAAACUCUCUUUAUGUAGAAAAUCAAGGCUGGAAAGAGGGUUAGAAUAGGAUCUUUCUGUAAGUAUGUGUUCUGUUUUCUGCAAUUCUUCCUUUCUUUUUUUCCUUUUUACCCUAAAGAAACAAUUUCCCUUUUCCUCCUUCCCCCCCAAAAAACCCAAAAACCCUCCUGGAAAGAUUUUACAUCCCAAUUUUGUGGCCUACGUUCCUGGAUUGUGAAGCGCCCACCCACCCCAGUUUUGUCACCUCUUCCGAUGUUUACUUCGAAGAAUUCACAGAGGAAGACACUCCUCGUUUGGGUAAAAACAGCCAGAGGGCCAUCUGUCUUCUCAAUCUACGGAGGGAGCGUCUUUUCACCGGCUCCUGGAUCGCAUGGCUGAAAUACAGAAGCCGAGCGGUGCUUUUCAACAUACAAAUUGUUUUGAUGUGCAUUUCACCUUUCAAGUAGGCAUCCUGAGCCACUAAAACGAAACCCAAAGGUUCAGCUAUUGUGGGGCCUCUCUCUCCAUAGCCACCACCUUCAGAGGUUGAAAAUGUCAGUAAAAACCAGAUGGCCCCCCGUGCGGUGUCAAGAGAUGGAGUUAGGUGGAUCGCUUCCCCCACGUCCAAAUUGGGAAGCGGGGUUGAUCCUAUGGGCUAAUUCCCUUUUUCUCUUGAUCCACGUCAUCUUUCCUAGAUGGUUGGAAGCAGGAAGUCCAUACACAGCCAGGAGAAGUUAGACGUUGGAGUGGAUCGUCUGCCUUCCCUUGAGAACUUCAGUCUCCCCCAUCACUCCUUAGCUCCGAAAUGGGUCCACCAGGAUCUCACCUCCCUUCCAACACAGCGCACUGCCCCUCCACAAAACUUACUUACACCCACUCAGAUCUUUGCACACAUUUACCUUUUAGUGCCAAUCCUACAGUUUUGCCUACUGCCCAAACUCAACGUCUAAUGAAUUGGCCAUGGCGCCAUUCGCCAAAUCAAGCACUCACGUUGAGGUUCGUGAGAUUUGCCCCAAGGCAUCCAUCAUGGUUAGGAACGACGGGCUGGGUUCACACACGGACACCACAAUUUGGCUUGUUGCGAUGUGCAGUUAGCCACGGCUAGAACCGAGGUGGCUGUGUUAUGGCUUUGCCUGCCUGCCUGAGAACAUCUGGAUUGAAGUUGAGGCUGUCUGCCGGUGAGGGAUGUGCUUUCUGCACUGAGCCCAUUGCUGGCUGAUCAUCUGUAUCCUACUUUUGCAGGAAAAAAUGCAUAGGAACAUGGGUGUGAAUGAUUUCUAAACGGGGAACAAAUGAAAUGUUUUUCUUUACCACACCUCCAGAGAACUGAACAACGUGGAGAAUUCUUCCCUUUUUAUAGACUUGCUUCUGUGAAACCUUUCUCUACCCCCCACCCACCCACCCAAAAGGAAAUAUUACCAGUGGCUUGUAUUCACAUUUCUUGUUUUCCUGUGGAUUCCCUCCCUUCAUACUGCUAUGCCAAAGAAGUAAAUUAUCUUUCAACAUGUGUGUGUAUAUAUAUACAUAUAUAUAUAUAUAUAUCAUAUAAAUGAUGAAUAGAUGCAGAAUAAGCUUGGAGAAAGCACCAGCACAUGAAAUUUCCAGGAGAAUGUUAAAACACACACAAAAGGGAAAACCCAUUUUAAGGACACAGGAAGUGGUGGCAUGUCAGGAUUGUACGAGGUGCUAAAAAAACAGAUCCACCUGUUUGUUUAAUCUGUCCAGUCUGAAGAAAUAUCAUUAGCACCCUCAAGCUGUGGCUUGAUCUUCACCAAUGGCCACCUCCACUGGAAGGUGAUUGAGUUGCUAGUCCCUGUUGAUCCACUAAAACGUCUCAGCCUUGGCGAUGUUACAGAUGGGGCUCAACACAGCCUCCCGCAAGGUGCUUUUUAAAAGAGACCUGCCGUUCUCAUCGGUAGCUUUGAAAGACCCAUCCAAGUACUAACCAGACCCAAGCAAACUUUGUUUUCAGGAUCAGCUGUGGGUCACCUUUGCCACCAGUAAGCAGUUUGGAAAGGCAAUGCUAAUCACAUUGCUCUCUAGAAACUUAUUCUGACGCAAGGCCCCUUGUAAAGAUGCUCUCAUAAUAGGUCUUAGGUUGCUGGUCAAACCUCUGUCCAUAAUUUGGCCUGAACCUCGUUCAAAACAGGGUUGAGGGCCACCAGGGCCUGUCUCAUCCCUUCCAGAUGUUUGGCUCCCCAUCUGAGUGAUGCCACCAAAUUGCAACAUCAUUAAUGACACAGGGAGACUAUUCUGUUAACUCUCCCUAUGCAGUUUAACGUUUCACGUUGGGUUUUGUCUCGAUCCUGCCUGAUUUGGGGGGGGGGCGGUUCCCAGGCUGGAUCAGAGGGACCUGAUGUGGCCCCGAGGCUACAGGAGAUUGACCACCUCUGCAUCACCAUUAUUCGGACCGACCUCUGUCACACCUUGUGGCGGCAGCGGCUUCUGGAAAUGAAAUCUCCCUCAACUAUGUUGUCUGUUUUGCUAUUUUGUACCCUCUGCACUUUAUGGAGGCAAAUCUACAGCACUUCUCCUGCGAUGUCCUUCGAGCGUAACGGGAUGGGCUUCAGGUUGCUGUUGCUGGGCAUCUCUAAUGUUACUUUUUCUUACUGGUUUUGGAAUAGCGGGAGGGUGCUUGGCUAUCACUCCCCGGGCUUCUCCAGUUUCUUUUCGUGCUUCAGUGUUUGUUUUUUCAAAUGCAUGCUUUUUGGAUUUUACAGGGUUUUUUUUUUCCUCACCCCCACCUGCUUCUCUUCUACACCCUGCAAAUAAAAACCUGGUUUGGCUUGGAACCCAGCAAAUGAAAUGACCACAGGCUGCUUGUGGAGCACGAGCUAGGUCUCCACAGUGCAAAAAGUGACCGUCUGCUUUCCAGGCUGAUCUGAGCUCGAAGAAAGCUUGAUAGCAUGUUAUUCCCCCCUCUGUUUUUUUUUCCCUUUCCACCUCUCCCCCCCCCCCCCCCACCCAAAAGGAGUUUCCAGUGGAAAUGGAAGACUAUUUAUAUUUAGAUAAGGACACUGGGUGCUUUUAUGAUUUGGAAGACUCUCUCUAAUAACUAACUUGGUUGUUGGUUUUCAAUAAAAGAAGCCCCCAAUCUA